AUGGAGAAAAGUGCGAAAUAUGAAAGAGAAGAAAAAGCUUCAUUCUUUGGCGCUCGUCAUGUGCAGUGUUUCAUGAUUUUCAUCGGUCUAACAGUGGCUUUCGCACAACGAGUUAAUUUUUCCGUGGCAAUUGUGGCAAUGACGGACCGGAAUGCAACAAAUCCGGAUUUUGAGGAGUAUGCAUGGUCGGAGCAAACAAAAUCAUAUCUGCUAAGCGGUUUCUUCUGGGGCUACUUCGUGACACAAAUACCUGGCGGUCAGUUGGCGCACAAAUAUGGCGGUAAAAUUAUGUUGCUCCUAAGUUUGAGCCUCAGCAGUAUUUUGUGCAUGCUCACACCGCUGACAGCGCGCUUAGGCGAUUGGAAAUUGGUCUUUGCAUUGCGUGUGGUGCAAGGCUUGAUACAGGGUUGCAUUUUCCCCUCUACACACACGCUACUCUCCAAGUGGGUGCCACCCGAGGAACGCGGUUCGAUCGGCACCUUCUGCUAUACGGGCGUACAAUUCGGUAGCGUCCUAAUGAUGGGCAUCAGCGGUACUAUAGCGUCGUCGUCAUUAGGCUGGCCUGGCAUUUUCUACAUUUCCGGUUUGAUAAGUUUAUUGUAUGCUGUUAUGUGGUACUUUGUGGGCGCCAGCGAACCUAGUGACUACAAAUGGAUAUCUGCCGAAGAGAAAUUAUACAUUCAAUCAGCAUUGGUGACGUCGACUAAACCGGAGGAGGAGCAUGUACCAACGAAGACGCCAUGGGUUAAAAUACUCACCUCGGUACCAUUCUUAGUCAUUCUAAUCGCACAGAGCACAUUCGCUUGGGGCUUCUGGACUAUGCUCAUACAAAUUCCGUCAUAUAUGAAGAAUAUACUGAAACAGGAUAUCAAAAGCAAUGCUGUCAUGUCGGCGCUACCGUACCUGGUUAAUAUGUUCCUGACCUUUGGGUUUUGUGGCCUAAAUAAUUUCCUUAUCAAACGAAAUUUGAUCAGCAUACGCACAAGUCGUAAACUUUUCAAUACCAUCGGCUUCUGGGUGCCGGUGUUGCCACUCAUAUUACUGGGUUAUUUGCGCGAAGAUCAAAGCAGUUUGGCAGUUGGUUUACUUGUCAUCUUAAUCGGUGUCAAUUCAGCAGCUUACUUGGGCUUCUUAACCAAUCACAUUGACUUGUCGCCCAACUUUGCUGGCAUACUAAUGGGCGUGGCUAAUUGCAUGGCAAAUUUAAUGGGUGUAGUUGCGCCCCUGCUGGUGGGCUUCAUCGUCACUGAUUCGAAAAACGUCAAUCAAUGGCGCAUCAUAUUCAAUAUAACCGCUGCGCUUUACUUUAUUGGCAAUCUGCUAUUUAUCCUCUUCGGUCAGGUCAAAAUUCAGAGAUGGAACUAUCCUAAAGAGGCGGGACAGCAAAGGGAUCAUAUCAAAUUCGAGCCAGUCAAUGUGGAGAAAGAAGUCUAUUAGCGCCAAAUACAACGUAUUCUUAUUUAUAUUAUGAUAUUUAUGCGACCUGCUUGCCCGAUUUAUGCAUUGUAAUGUGCUGAUGUCAUUAGUUAAUUGUAGUGUUGUAAGUUUGCUUAAGUUGACCCUUAUAGCUUUUACAAAGUUAUGAGGUGUGGCGUUAAACAGAGAGGAAUAAAAAUGUACAUAUGUAAAUUUA